UAUAAUAAGAGACAAAUAUUAUCUUAUCUGCUUAUAAAACUGUUAUCGCUUUUAUCAGUAAGACCAACACUGCUCCAUUUCUAUAGAAAUGCGUCAGAAGUUUGUGUUGUGGGAUAGGUAUUCAUUCAGAAUGCAAUGUUUCCGUUUAGUAUUAAUAAACAAUGUUGGUCUUAGUUUGUCUCGCAAUACUGACCACGAUUAACACAUGUGUUGGAACCCUUUGUCCGAAACAAUGUGACUGUGACAUGGACGUUGGUCUAAACAGGGCUACAUGUGUGGACCAAAACAUUGUAAGUGUGGAUGUGGGUGUGCCCAAAGAGGUGCAAGUUUACAGUUUAAGCCGGAAUGUUAUAAGUGAACUGGAAAACUUUUGUUUUAAGGCGGCUGGUUAUACAAAUCUUAAAAUAUUGGAUUUGUCGUAUAAUCUUAUAUUUUGGAUUGGUUUACAUGCAUUUUCUGGCUUAGAUAAGUUAACGAACUUGGAUCUCAGCAAUAAUAGACUGAGGUUUAUACCUUCUGACUUGUUUUGGGAUACGCCACAACUAGAAAUAUUAGAUUUUUCAUCAAACGUUUUCGAACAAUUGAAUAAUGAACCGUUUAUAAUACACACGAAGUUGCAAGUUUUAAAUCUCAACAAUUGUCGUAUUAAAUUUUUACCAGUGCGAAUGUUUAACAGACUGCCUAACUUAAAACAAAUAGAUCUCAGCGAGAACUACAUGGUCAGUUUAAAUUUGAACGUGAUACGACCACUAAGAAAACUAGAGAGAAUAAAAUUAAGAAAUGAAUAUUGGCAAUGCAACCCAGAUUUCAUCGCGAUUGAAACAUGGAUUACUUCGCACGACAUCAAAUACGAAAAGCAAUGUACAAGAAAAGUCCCUAAAAUGUCUGAAAAGAUGAUUUCUCUGAUUGUUGAAAAAGAAUCCGUCGAUGUUAAUACAGUUUGGAACGUAACUGUCGAUAAAAAUAAUUCUAUUGCAGAAGUUGUAACAAAUAAAACUAAACAGAUGACAACUUUUGAAAAAUUUGACCGAGAUUUUUCAGCUGUUCAAGCCUUUGUUAUCGGCCUGGAAGUAGGCCUGGCAAUCGGUAUAGUCUUUACUUAUAUUUGGUUAGUAAGAUUUUGCAGUUGCAAGUCAGUGUUCUGUAGGAGGCCCCAAACACGACGACAGCGUAGGAUGCAAAGAGUUGACGGGGACAUGAGAACUAACUUACUUUGGAAUAAUGUUACGAACCCCGAUUUAGAAACUCCACCACUUUAUCGAAGACAAUUAUCAUUACCGGAUCGAAGUCCACCUUUUCCUGCAGUUAACAUAGCUGGUUUACAGGUUGACGCAAUACGUAUAGAUAGAUCAGAAACGCCCCCUCCUCCUUACAACGAAUGUCGUUUAAAUAUAUAAUCACUUGUUUUAAAGCCGACAAAAUAUAUAUUUUAAAAAAAGAACUAUGUUGGCAAAAAGCACUUGUAGAAAUUAUAAUAAAUUUAUAAUAUUGAAUCAUUUUCUAAUGUCGAAUUUAUAAUGAAUUGCAUAAGAUGAUCUUGAAUUGACAAGUUUUAAUUAAGAUUCCAUAAUGAAAGGUUUUGAUGGCGGUGCUGUUGAUUACUGAUAUUUGCUUGAAAUAGUUUAUUGUUGUGAAUUAUAUUUCUUGGUUUUUACGACAUAACAACCAUCAGUCCUUAAGUAUGGUAUUAAUAAAAUGGUAAAAGAGUAGAUUGUCACAGAUACAUAUUUUAUAUAAAAAAUAAUUAACAGUCUUUCUUUUUUUAUACUUAACAUUUGAGAACUUUUAUAAUACCUAUUAUAUAAAUCUGGAAUGCGUUUAUUCUUUAAAAUAAAUAAUGAUGUGAUCAAUUGGAAUGAGUGUCUAAUGUUGCUCCAACAAUUAUUUGUAAAUUGUAAUCCACAUGUGAUAAUAUUGACUGACUGUAAGUGUGUAAUGGACGCCUUAGCCGAAAUUAACCUCACUACCUGUGAAUUUUUUUUUCCUUUGUGAUGUUAUAUUUAACGAACAGACUGUUUUUAAUUUGUUAUAUUACUGUAGUAAUUCAUGUAAUUAAUAAUAAAUUGAUUCCCCGUUCUGUAUUAUUAUCACUAUUCAGUUAUUUGUCUUUUUUAACUAGUAAUUAACUAUGCACGUAAUUAUUAUAGCAGAGUUCUCCGGCAUAAACCCUACUCAUACAAAGCCUUUUGCUGUACUGUCAAAUAUAAUAUAUAUUAAAUACUAAUCGAAAACAUUAGUAUAUUAUAAAAGGUUUAGACGAUUUUAAUAUUUUUUAAUGAUUAAACAUAUUCCUAACUCGUUCGUAUCAAUAUUUUAGUUGUAUAGCGAGCUUUACUUCUAUCCACCAUGUUAAUUUUAUUAAUUAUUUUUUAGUUUAAUAUUAAUUUAGGUUUACUGUAAAAAUUAUUUGACA